AUCGGAACUUGAAAUUCGCAACUAUUGUGCCACCAUCCGUCGUGGCGUACAGAACGUGCCGAUUGUUUGAUACUGCAAGAACGGCAGAAUGUUCCGCUUUGAAAAAGUUACUAACGAACAAAUUACGCGCAUCGAGUGUCCCGGAACCGAGAAACACUAUAAAAUCACCAGACCUGCUGGAUUUCCUAACAGUGCCCCUGCCAAUAUCAGGAAUGGUUGUGAAAGACACAGUGUUAUGAUCGAAGCAUUUCUGCCACUUCUCGAAGAGAUUCGGAAUUUCGAAGUAUUAGAAGAUGAUGUAUGGGUUAUAACGUUUCCAAAAUGUGGCACAACGUGGACCCAGGAAAUGGUUUGGUUAUUGAAUAACAACCUUAAUUUUGAACGAGCGAAGAAAAUAUCACUUGAGGAAAGAUUUCCAUUUUUAGAACUAACCGGGGCGUUGACACUAAUCGGAGGAGAUUCGGUUGGUCACGUGAGAAGCCAACCCCGACCUCGCCACAUAAAAUCGCACCUUCCAGCGAUGCUUUUGCCCGAUCAGGUAUGGACCGUCAAGCCGAAAAUCGUUUAUGUUUCACGGAACACGAAGGAUGCCGCGACAUCAUUUUACCAUCACUAUCGAAACAUCGUGGGCUACGAUGGCUCCAAAGAGCAUUUCUUCGACGCGUUUCUCAGUGAUAAUCUAAUCUACGCGCCAUUCAGUGGCCACGUGGCGGACUAUUGGCAGCUUAGGGAUGAAGAAAAUAUGCUGUUCAUCACUUACGAACAAAUGAAACACGAUCUGAGGAAGGUUAUUGAAAAGGUUUCUUCGUUCCUGGGGAAAUCGUACAGUGAACAAGAAAUAGAAGUACUAGAAAAUCAUUUAUCAGUGGAAUCUAUGAGAGCAAAUGAUUCAUGCAACAUGCAGACGCUGGUGGAAUGGGCGCGAAACACCAACUAUAGCGAGGAACGAAAAAAUAAUGAAUCCAAUAAAUUUCGUUUCAUUCGGAGCGGAGAUGUUGGUUCAUAUCGAAAUGACAUGAGCCCAGACUUCGUACAUCGCUUCAAUGAAUACGAAAAAUGUAUCACAAACGACUGUGGCUGGAAAUUGGGUCUUUGAUAGAACAGUUAGUUUUGAAACUCGAUUGUGUGGCAUACUUUUUGGAAACUCGCAAAGAAAUUAACAAACAUAUCAUGUCGAAACUAUAUAUUAACGGAUUAGGAACACUUCUCAAGAAGAAAAAAAAUCUUUUAUAAGACAGUUUGAAUAAAACUUUAAAAACAAUAAUAAUUUUUUUUUUUCGAAUUAGUCGUUUAGUGGCUUUUGUUUAUCUCAUAGGUCUCCAAGAAUUAAAAUAUUAUAUACGAGAAAUAUUACUCGUUCUCACUUCAUCACCUUUUUGGUAUUCCCGAGCACUCCUUUUUUGAUAAAGUUAUCUUAUACAAGGUCCAAUUUUUUAAACACCUAGGGUAAAUGAUCUUGGUUUGUCCAAUUUGGGGUGUUUUUACGCAACUAGUAAAUGCAAAUCGAUUUUUCUUCAUGAAAAUCACACAUAAUCGAUACGAGUUUGGGUUUGUUGAAAAGCCCCAAGUCUCUAGUUGCUAAUACUACCAUAAGGUGUUGAAAUUAUUCAAAUUUUUAUGUUUUUUAACGAUUUUCCUUAAAGAAGAAUUAUGAUCAUGGUUUGACCACCUCUGAUCAUGGUUUGCCCAAAAAAAUGAUCAUGGUUUGCCCGGUUUUAGAAAUCUCCAUUUUUGAAUGAAAACAUUCGAAUUCACAAUUAGAUGUUGCAUUUAUCAUUGCUUGAGUUUACUGUCAUCAUAUUGAUUCAUUCAUAAUUUAGGCAUUCUUCAGAAUAUUGCCUUUUCUUGGGCAUUUUAGAAGUGUUCACCUCAACAUAAUCAACACAGAAAAACCAUACUUCUACUAUGCGCGAAGCACACCAAAAACAAACAUAAACAAACUGCAGCGCGCCAAGCGGUUGCCAUAGAAAUCAUGUGGACAAAACAACAUUAUUGAAUUGGACAACUCAUGAUCAGAAUUGAGUUCAUCAAAAUGCGUUAAUUUAAUGGUUUAGCUAUGUAAAUCCGAUACAAACGGUGAGCAAGCAUGAUGUUUACAAUAUUUAUAAGUGUUGUAAUCCAGAAAAGGUUAGAAUACGUGCCAAAUAAUCAUCUGGUGAUCGAUUAAAAGUUAGCUCGAAUGAGGGGCGCAUUGACACAAAUAGAAGGUGUAUUUUAUAAUCCUUUAAAACAUGUGAUUUUGUAAAAAUAUACUAUCAAACUACUAUAAAUCA